AUGGCGCCACCGAUAUCCGCCGAUGCCUGCUUGGUGGAGGCUGCCUCGGCCGUCGCCGCGUCCCCAGCCAUCGCGCCAAACGGAAUGGUUCGCAAGGACGUGCGCGCGCCGGCGGCCAUCUCUGUCGUCUCGAAGCAGACGGUUCGGCCUGCCGGCGCGUCGGCGCCGGUCGGAGGAGACCUCAGGCUCUCGGUGUCCGACAUGCCGAUGCCAUCGUGCCACUACAUCCAGAAGGGGCUCUUCUUCCCUCCGCCGCCUCCCGGCGUGCUCACGACGGCCUCGCUGGUGUCGUCGCUCGUGACGGCGCUCUCCCGCGCGCUCGGCAUCUUCCCUACGCUCGCCGGCCGCCUAGUCACGCUCCACGACGACAGCAUCGUGAUACGGGAGCCCGAUUUCCGCCGCAACUUCUUUGGCGACUCCACCGCCGUCCUACGCUUCCCCGGAGGCGUGGGCCCGGCCGUCACGUUCGACGCCGAGGCGCCGCUCCGCGAGCGGAUUCUCCACUUCAGUGCCGCCGCGAUCCGGGAGCUGAAGGCGACGGCAAACCACUCGAAAAGAACAGGUCAUCAAGACGCCGAGGCUAACGGCAAGCUCGUGCAUGACUCCAGACUUCAUGGGCGUUGUUCCUCUGAAAUCUCAUCGUUCCAAUCGCUGUGCGCGCACAUCUGGAGGGCCGUGACGCGCGCGCGGCGGCUGUUGGCUGACGACAAGACGACGACGUUCCGCAUGGCCGUGAACUGCCGGCACCGUCUGCGCCCGGCGAUCUCCCCGCUCUACUUCGGCAACGCAAUCCAGAGCGUGGCGACGACGGCGACCGUGGCCGAGCUGGCGUCCAACGAUCUGGGCUGGGCGGCGGCCCGGCUGCACGCCACCGUGACGUCGCACGAGGACGGCGCCAUCCGGUGCGCUGCGGCGGAGUGGGAGGCCGCGCCCCGUUGCUUCCCGCUGGGCAACCCCGACGGCGCGGCGCUCACGAUGGGGAGCUCGCCUCGGUUCCCGAUGUACGACGGGAACGACUUCGGGUGGGGCCGCGCGCUCGCCGUGCGGAGCGACCGCGCGAACAAAUUCGACGGCAAGAUGUCCGCGUUCCCCGGCCAGGCGGGGGACGGUAGCGUCGACGUGGAGGUGUGCCUCGCGCCAGACACCAUGGCUCGUCUCCUCCUCGACGAGGAGUUCUUGCAGUAUGUGUCCUCCCCUGCACCGUGA